ACUCAAGGAUAGGUCUUUUGAAUCAUCAGUGACCUGCUCUGGUGGGGAGGAAUGGGAGAAGGCUUGUGCACAGGCCCUUGGCUCCCCAACUUCAGUCUCUCUUGGGCUAGGAAAGGACCUGACCCCAACAGAUGGAAGCAGAAACACGGGAAACCCAGAAGCCUCUGGCAUCAGACCGAGCCUGGGUCCUGCAAGAGGCUUGGAGAUCAAGGGUCUUAGCUGACGGGCCCUGGCCUGAGGUUGCCUCUGGAGUGAGGCGUGCGAGGUCUGCUCCAGGCAGGGCGAGUAGAACCCUGGCCCUGUGUGAGGUGAGGCCUGGUUGCCGGGUGACUGCCUGUAGCGGCCCCUGCUGUCAGAAUGACUAUGCUUGCUAUUGCUCACCCCUCGGGGACAGACAACCAGGUACCGCUCCUUCCCCUGCUACCAUGUCACGGCAGCUCAACAUGGAUACGCUGCGGCAGAACUUUUGGAAGGAGGAAUAUCUGCGGGAGAAGAUGUUGCGCUGUGAAUGGCACCGCAAGUAUGGGACAAUGGUGAAGGCCAAGCAGAAGGCUAAGGCUGCAGCGCGCCUACCCCUCAAACUGCCCACCCUGCACCCCAAAGCCCCACUUCCACCACCACCGGCCCCCAAAGCGGUGCCAACCAAGGCCCCCAGCCCUGCGCUGGAGACCCCUACUAUUCAGUCAGAAAUGUACCCAGUCCCGCCCGCCACCCGGGCUCUGCUGUAUGAAGGCAUCUCCCACGACUUACAGGGGCGCUGUCGCUACCUCAACACCCGAAAACUGGACAUGCCAGAGAUGCGCUACUUCUUCCCCAUCACCACCAGCUUCACGUAUGGCUGGCAGCUGGGCCCCCCACUGAAGCAAGAACUGGUCUCCUGUAAGAUGUGCCGCAUUGAAUCGUUCUUCCGAAAGAAUGGGGCCUUCUCGCUGCUUGACCCUCAGGACCUGGCUCUCUGACGGUGGCCAGGCAGUGGACUUAGCGAGGGAAGAGGAAAUAACAUGCCUCUUGGUGGGGCCGAAGCUGCUGUGUGUGUCCGUGUGUCUGGCCUCCCAGGCCCUGAGGCAAAGUUCUGGGCCUUUCUUGGAACCACCUCUGUUCUGCCUUUGCUGGCCUGCAGUUUGC